GUCUUCGUGGCCAUGCCAUGUCUGAAGUAUAAACACCAAGCUCUGAGAUUUUCCUUCUGCAAUUACGAACGUGUAUGAUCACGUUUGAACUGUGAGUUGUGAAUGUUUGAGGGCGAGAUUUCUCAUGUAAAAAACAAGCAGCUGAUAUCUAGAAGAUUCAGGAUUCCCGAGGUUUCAAACUUGUCCAAUGCUCGACGCUCGCCACAACAGGAGCAGAGCAGAGGCAGAGAGCUGCGCAAGCUAAAAUCAAGCACUGCAGACUGCUAAGCAGCACCCCAGUCUGCAGCAAGCUGCAGCUGCAGCCUGGAUGCAAUAACUUUCACCGAACAAACUUGGCUGUCAUUUGACGAGAACUUUCAUGACGCUCUUUGCUUACAGCUGGCGCGGGAGCCGAGCUCGGCGGACGUCAAGACGAUUGAAUUCAGAAGUCUGGGACGAUUCACAGUUCCAGUCUCGGAUGAUUGGUUGCACAUUUAAGGCAACCGUGCGUGUGUUCCGUGCAAACAAACGUUUCGAGACUUUAAAAGCAACGAACUGCCAUUCCCUGAAAUUGUGGGGGAAGCGUCAAUUAAAUCAGGUGUGACAUGUACAUGCUGCUGUUGCAUCCAAAGCAGCAUGUCCGUCCGUUCGUCUACUGUCGAGAGCAUGUUCGUGAGAUCUCCACAGAAAAAAGAGAGAGAGAGAGAAGGCACGGAUGUGGAUGACGAUCCAGAAUCUUUAGCAGAAUGUCAUUGGACCGAUCCGACCAGUGGUGGGAGAGUGCAGCAGAUCGGUGGAAUUGGAUGUUCCUCUGCAGGCCAGCAUUUGGAGCGACUGACUGCACUCGCCCGAUUUGUCUCGAGUGUGCAAGUGGAUGGUUAUCCACAUGCACCAGAAAACAGUCCUCUCUGUUCGUCGCUCGUGUCGACAAUCGAACAAGCAAACAACACCAAAACCGCAGACAUACAUGAAGACGAAAUUGUUCAUGAAUUAUAAACCAAAUCCACGAAUCAACUUGUCCUAGGAAACUUGCCAGUUUAAUACGUUCACUUCACGGUCUUAAGCAUGAUCACUUGAAGUUAGCAACGGAAACCUCAGAGCUGAAGACCAAGAAUCGAAGGAGCGGACGCCUGGUGCUCAUGACCAUGGAAGUGUCAUAUCUACGUAGUACAGAGAAAAAGUACUGCUGUGUAAUUGCUACCACUUAAUACAAAUCAG